AUGACUGAACCCGUUUACCUACAUGUGGAGGUGACGGGGAAGAAGCCGGUGCUGGUAAACGAUCCACCUGCAGAAGUCUGUCAGCCAAACGGUGAGCCCUCUGCCAAGUCCUUCCUGAGAGCCCCGAAACAGCUGAAGCGUUCACGGGCAGCCUUUUCUCACACCCAGGUCAUUGAGCUUGAAAGGAAGUUCAGUCACCAGAAAUACCUCUCUGCUCCUGAACGAGCCCACCUUGCCAAGAACCUGAAGCUCACCGAAACCCAAGUGAAGAUCUGGUUCCAGAACAGAAGAUAUAAGACCAAGAGGAAGCAACUGGCCUCUGAACUUGGAGGACAUGAGAAGAACUCGCCUCUCCCAGUCUUCAGAGAAAACAAUUUCUCUAGGGCUACCCUAGCACUUUCUGUAUACCACAGCUAUCAGUAUAAUCCAUAUUUAUGUUAUCUGAAUAGCUGGAGCCCAGUCUUUUGGUAA